AUGUCUCCUUCAUCCCUACCUGAUGCUGCUGUCGAACCCGAGCAUUUGUAUCCUUCCAUAGUGCAACCCGAAGUCGCGGUGCUUUCCGGCCUAGAGGUCAAAUGCGAUCGUGGCCAACCUGCUUGUGGGUGGUGCACACGCAACGGCGCAAUUUGUGAAUAUAAAGAGCGAAAGAAACCCGGUUUGAGAGCUGGUUAUGGUCGAGAACUCGAACAGCGGCUGGAUAGGUUAGAGGAUAUACUUCGGUCCCAUGCUCAAAUCCUAGAAUCUUCCUUUGCAAACAGCAAUAACAGCCUACCAAGCGACCACGAAACGCCACAGAGCUUAUCCAGUUUCAGACCUGCCAGCUCUCGGGGCCACGUUCCACAUGCAGAGACAGCUCUUUUUCUGCAAAAGCCGUCCGCAUUUCCAGUAAAUCAGCCAGGAGAUUAUGGCAAUCCGGUUCAGACUCCGUCUGGAGCGCCGUUGCAUGGCGAUGUCUUCCAACAAGGCAUGCAGCAGACUAAUCAUCAACACAAUCAACCUCAUCCGCCUCACCCAAUCCAGGGAAAUCAAGCAACUGAAUUUUACAAUACCUCUCAACCACCCCUUCCUUCUCCCAGCCUGAACAUCACCCAAGGCCACACCGAGUUCACCCCAGACCAUGCUUUACCCCAAUACGAUAUUUUAUACGCCUUGGUCGAUCUGUAUUUCAAGCAUGUCAAUACGUGGUGUCCUAUACUUCACCGUCGCUCCACCCUUGAUUCCCUCUUCGGUCCCUCUACAUUGGAUGAAGCUGAUCGGAUCUUGUUGCACGCAAUAGUUGCCACGACAUUGCGCUUUUCAACGGACCAAAGGUUAACCGAUGAGCGCCGUCGGCAUUACCAUGACAUUUCGAAGCAGAAGGUAUUGCUUUACGGCUUGGAAAAUUCCUCGGUGAAAGCACUCCAAGCCUUGGUAAUCUUAGCUCUGGAUCUGGUCGGAAGCAGUAACGGACCCCCUGGCUGGAACUUAUUAGCCCUGAUUACUCGCUCAGUAGUUCAGUUAGGUCUUGCUGUAGAAACAACAAGCUUCUCGGUGUCACCCGUGUACCCAUCAAUAUACACACUUCGAGCCAUGGUAUUACCUGAAGCGGAUAACUUUAUUGAGGAGGAAUCACGUAGGCGUUUGUUUUGGAUGGUCUAUCUCCUCGAUCGGUAUGCAACGAUUGCUACUGCCUUCGAGUUUGCCUUAGAUGAGAAGGAGAUUGAUAGGACUCUCCCUUGCCGGGACGAUUUAUGGAGUAAAAACAAAUCGGUUCAGACAAGAUGGUUCCGUACGACCGAGCGAACGGAAUAUGACAUCGAUAAGCCGGAAAAUCUUGGUGCAUUUUCUUACUACAUUGAGAUUCUGGGAAUACUGUCUAGAAUCCACAAGUUUCUCAAGAAGCCUGUCGAUAUUAGUGCACUUUCCGACGUCGAGCAGUGGCAGGGAGAGUACAGAGAGCUAGACAACACACUUACAUCUUGGAAAUUCAAUCUUCCCGGGGAUUAUAGUAACAUGGCAAAGCUUUUCCAGCCUGCAACUUAUCAUACAACCGUAAUUCGACUGCAUUCAUCUGCGGCGUACCCUACUACCCGAUCACCGAUUUUUACACCGUCCUACACAGCUAGUCAGCGCUGCCACGGUGCCGUUGAAAACAUCGCCGCAUUGGGCGAGUUCGUGGUUCAAAACGGUAUGUUGUCCAAGCUGGGCCCUCCGUUCGCCUUCACUCUGUGGGUAGCAGCGCGAUUGUUAUUAGUACACGGCUCGACUAUUGAACACAAACUCAGUCCUCAAAUCCAGUUCUUCUUCGAUACGUUAAAAGAAAUGGGUCGGUACUGGCUAGUCGCCGAACGAUACACAGCAAUCUUACAAAGAGUUCUUGACGAGCAUCGAGAGUCUGAGCGGUCUGCAGGUGCGAGCGGGGAGAGGAUCACACCAUCAUCAGUGAAAAUUCUAGCAGAUAUGAGGCGGUGUGCUUACGAUUUGGACUUUUUGAUUUCGAGGCAGCCAAAACAUGUGGGAAUGGUAUCCCGAAUGCCUAGUAUUACACCAGCCAGGACACCAGCUCCAAACGAGCUAGAGUACUUGGACGUUUUCGAUUUCUUCAACGUUCCGCGACUACCAGUGGCACAUAACGGAGAGCUUGGGCAGGUCCCAAACAAUGCAAACGGUGUUGGUGAUAUACACCUGGGUGAGCUAGGAAAUAGCGCUAACGAGUUCAAUAUUACGAACUUCAUGGUAGAUCAGAGUUCAGAUUGGUUUAAAAACCAGACCUGA